CUGAAAAAGCAGGCCUGUUUCUUUGUUUACCACGAUCAUGAAGGAUCAUUCUGGAAGGUCAUGGCAUCCCCUCUCCUGGUUUUAGCAGAGUUCAAGCAUGGAUUUUUAGGAGCUGAUCCACCACGAACAGACACUGGAUAAGGAGCAUCAUCCACAGAAGUUGGUGUAUGAUUCGAGUGGAGGAUGAGGUCCUCUCUGGUGGUGUCUGGUGGAGAGAAGGGUCUGCGGGCGCGAUUUGGACGAAUGAGGCAUCUGCUGUGCCAGAUUGGGCAUCAUGUGGAUGUGCAGAUGGACGAGGAGCCUGGCAUUUGGCUCAGGAGCUUCCAUCUGCUGGACCUUGAGGAAUGCAGUGAGGACCCGGUGCAGGAGUGGGGAGAGGAGGUGGAAGACGGGGCCAUUUAUGGCAUCACUCUUCACCGAGAACCCAUCCAACCCCCACCUGAUGCGGCUGAGAACUCUUCUGCCUUUGGCUUCAUGCAGUACCGCACACAGAAGGUCCGCAGGCUUAAAGCAGCCAUUCUGGAGCGUCUUGUCACAGAAUUGGUGAACCCGGAGUGCCCUGACCCAGAAUACAUGCAAAUCUUCCUCUCCACCUACAGAGCCUUUACCUGCACAAAUGCUCUCAUAGAACUCCUGUUUCAAAGAGAGGACACGGUCACCAAUCUGGACAACAGUGUCUGCGUUAGAAGUUCUCUGCCUCAUCUGAUCCGGCUAUGGUUAGACGAGUAUCAAGAGGACCUUCGGGAUUCUCCAGGUCACCAGGCUCUUCGUCUGCUCUGUAUUCAUCUGCGUCAUCGCCUCUGUUUCAGACGUCUGGUUCAUCAAGCCGAUGCACUUCUAAAAAAAUUUCAGACGGAAGACAAGCACACAGAUACAUCAGCAGAAACCAGCUCAACUGCUGUAGAGAAUCAGGCAACUGAAGACGCCACGGACAGACAGGACAUAGAAGAGACAGGGGAUGUACUGGUCUUCCCUGCACGAGACAUUGCUGAGCAGCUCACACUAUUAGAUGCUGAGCUCUUUGUCAAAGUGGUUCCAUUUCACUGCCUUGGCUGCAUUUGGUCUCAGAGGGACAAGAAAGAGAAUCGAAAUCUAGCGCCUACGGUCCGUGCCACCAUUGCCCAGUUCAAUGCCGUCACUAACUGCGUUAUCACCUCUCUGCUGUGCCCUCCUUCCACAUCCCCUCCCGGUUCCCCAUCCUGCACUCGCAGCGGCCCUACACACAGGGCAAAGAUGAUUGAGAAGUGGAUCUCUGUGGCUCAGGAGUGCCAUCAGUUGAGAAACUUCUCCUCUCUAAGAGCCAUCUUAUCUGCUCUUCAGUCUAAUGCUGUUUACCGGCUAAAGAAAACUUGGGUGGCAAUCAGCAGGGAGAGUAUGGCUGCCUUCGAUCAGCUCUGCGACACAUUUCCUGAUGAGAACUGUGUGCUGGUCAAUCGAGAUAUUCUUGUAGAGGAAGGAAACCAGGCAGCUGAUGUAGACACUCACACCGCUCCAAAGUCUCCCAGACUCAGUCCUACAUCUAAGCACAUGACCCCCUCCAGCAGUGAGGUGCCGUACCUGGGCACUUAUCUGACUGUUCUCACCAUGUUGGACACAGCACUAAGUGAUAAUGUAGAGGGGGGUCUCAUCAACUUUGAGAAGCGUAGAAAAGAGUUUGAGAUUCUGUCUCAGAUCAAGCAGCUGCAGGCGUCAUGCGCUCACUACAAACUCCAAUCACAUCCUCGCAUCAUUUCCUGGAUCAAAAGCGGCAUACCUCUUUCUGAUCAGAAGAGCUAUGAGUUGUCAAGAGAACUGGAGCCACCGGUUGACCCCUGUCCCAGCUCUCCCAACCCCUGGAGCCACCGGCUCAUCACCAAGAAACUGACCUCUUUGCUGUCUGGCAGUGAGAACUUCUCAAAGAAGACUUUUGCUGAUCAGAUCAGUGUAUCAUCCUCUGGCUCCAGUGGCUCAGAGAUGGAAGAUCUCAGCAGCCCCAACCUCUCACCACUUAGAUACAAAGUACAGUCUGUAUCCUGUCAGGACAUCUCAGUAGACACAGCCACCUCCUCUCUAACUCCGCCCAGCUCUUUUCGAAGAUGCCUACAGGCGGAUAUGUCUGCCCUGAACCCUGACAGCCCCUCCCCUACUUCAUCUACAUCAUCUUCAUCAUCCUCUCCUUCUCUCAAGCAUCCCAUGUACAACAAGCAGGUCGCUGAUUCUUGUAUUGUCAGAGUCAGUGUGGAAUUUGGCAACAAUGGAAACGUUUAUAAAAGUAUUUUGAUAACCAGUCAGGACAAGACAGCUCAGGUGAUUCAGAGAGCUCUGGAGAAACACAACUUGGAGGAGAUGAACUGCCAAGAAUUUAGUCUCACACAAGUGCUUUCCAAUGACAAAGAGUUGCUGAUCCCAGACAAAGCCAACGUGUUCUAUGCCAUGUGCACCACUGCCAACUUUGACUUUGUGCUUCGCCAGCGUUACAGAAAUCUCAGCAGAGCGCCGGGCUCAUCCUGGAGUCCUGGAGCAGUUCUGAGGUCCCGCAAGUAACAGAAACUCAAUUACAACACACAACAUAAUACAUGAAAAACAUUAAAAGUGAACAAAGACUAUAUAACCACAUGGACGACUGUGAUGAGCGGGUGACCACUGGAUGUUGAAGCUCAGAUCAAUUUAAAAACAGACUGAUGGAGGCAUCACUGAGCUCUGAAGCACCCUGGAGUCACAAGUUAUGACAACAUCUCACUCAAUAAUGUCUCAUUGACAAAUAACAAGGAAACUGUAGCACAGCUGCCACAACAACAGUUCUGAUUUCAAACUGGAGGAAGAAAGACUCCGAGCAUCUGAAAUGAAGACCUAGAGAAGUUGCAAUAAUUGGCCACAUCUACUGCCAGUUUCUUCAGAGGUUUUGCUUUGAAAUGGGAGGUCACACACAUGAUACCUGAGUUUUAGUGAGGAACAUCUGUUUGUAAGUGGAUGAACACAAGUAUGACCUACAAAUGCAAGUUUUUUGUAGCUAAUAUUCAGCGAUAGGUAAAAAGUGAAAUUUUUGUUAUAUUUAGGUUGUUUUCUAAGUGACAUAAUAAAAAUGGUGACAAUAUAUUUUAUUUA